AUGGAAAACCUCACCAUCUCCGAUGCCCCUCCCCAGGGGGGCCAACCCGUUCUCGGCGGACGCGCGCCGCCGCCUCAGCAGACCCCUCAGCUGCCGCCUCAGAUGUUCACUACUGCGGCGCAGCUACUGGACAUGACCGACAAGAAGCUCAUGGUUGCGCUCCGUGACGGGCGCAAACUGAUAGGUGUCCUCCGCAGCUGGGACCAGUUCGCAAACCUCGUCCUCCAAGACACCGUCGAGCGCAUCUACGCCCACCCGGACCCGGACGCCAAUCCCCCGCGCGAGGGCGGGCUCUUCGCAGACAUCAAGCGUGGCAUCUUCCUCGUCCGCGGCGAAAACGUCCUCCUUCUGGGCGAGAUCGACCUCGACAAGGACGACGACCCGCCACCAGGCUACGAACCGGCCGACCUCAAGCUUGUGCAGGGCCUAGCGGCCGAGAGAAGGGGCAAAGAUAAGGCGCGCGACAAGGGGCGGAUCAAGAAGUUGAGCACGCUAGGCUUCGAGGGCGAGAACAUGGGCGAGAUCCUUCUCUGA